AUGGCGUCUACUCCUUUUCGUUUCUUAGAUCUCCCUCCUGAACUUAGAAAUUCUAUUUAUCAUCUCGUUCUCUGUACCUUGUCGCCCCCCGAGCCGAGAUUGACCAGAGUGCAUCAGGACCUCGAGUCCUACACUUCUUUCGUUCCACUCUUGGAACAUUACAAGUUCGACACUGCAAUCCUCCUUGUUAACCGUCAAAUAUCACAUGAGGCUAUUGAUGUCAUGCUAAAGUACCACCUCUUCAUCCGCGUCGUCACUCAUGGCGUUAACUUGUGCCAUCUCUUAUCUGCCUGGGAGAUCCCUAUCGUAGCUAUCGGCAAAGCGAUUAUCAGAAACUUCAAAGGCUUCGUCAUGAGCUACUCUAUCAAGAUCAGAGAUGCCAGCCCAGCCCCAAAGAACCACAUGAUACUUCUUCAGAAGGAUUUCGCGUUGUUCUGCGAGGCGCUCAACUGGCUCGAACCUUCCCCUGAGAGUUUUGAUCAUCGUGCCGUUCUUUACAACCCGUUCAGAAACACCACAUCCUCCAAUUACUUAGGCAUUACAAAGCAAACGCUCCUUGUCCAGCCCUACCGAGAAUACCUUGCCGGAAUCCCUUUCUUCAAGCUGGAAGGCAAUAUCUGUCGGAUAUUAGCUAGGGAUGUCACAAAACAGGUCAAAAAAGAUCCCCAGCUCGAACCGUGGCCGCUAUUGGAGGCUCUCAACAGGGUGAAACUAUAUGGAGACGAUCUCUUCCUGCAAGGCGAGUAUAUUAAGGCUUUGAAGACAUGGAAAAAGUCUACAAUGCAGAUGAUCGGUCUUGCUGGCAGUCCUCUAUGGCAACGAAUAAAAGCCAUUGGCGAUCCUAGUGAUGCAUUCCCUUAUCAUAUCGCCGAAAUUGUAUUUUAUCUUCACAUGAACCAAGUUGCCGGUCUUAUCAUCAUCAUGGAAAUAUUGAAAAACCAGGGCAGCUUGGAGCAAGCUCGGGAGUAUUGGCCCAUUCUGCUCGAGACACUAAGUGGAUCGUUCUUUGCGGUUGAAAAACUUGAGACAGAUUGGGAACCUCUACCCAUCCACAUCGGCGAGAGAUUCUUUCGCCUCGCAACGGCAUACCGUAUCUUAGAAAGCAACUCGGGAGUUGCUCACGACUGCAUCAAGAUUGCAGGGCUCUAUUUACCUGGAAAUCAGGAUAUCCAGGCUGAGGAGGCAAGAAUUGAUGAGUGGAUAGCGAAGGAUGGGACAUAG